UCCUGUAAUAAGUGAAAAAAAUAUCUUGUAAUAUCAAAUAUCUUGUAAUAAGUGAAGAAAUCUGCAGGUGGAACUAGUAUUAUUUUAAUAUUAAGGAGGCAUUCUAACUUAUCUUACAGAAAAUUUUAUUUAGUUCCUUCUUAUUUUAAGUGAACUAAAAUAUUUGCACAAGGAAACUGUUGGGAUGACGGUUAAACAUUCAUUACCUUCAAAGCCGUUCCCUGGCCGGAACCAAGACUUGUUAUUCUAUAUUUUCCUGCACAGACAUGCAGGGGAGCUGGAGGUGAAAGCUGAUUGGCUGCACUGAUGUGUAGAUCAGAGCUCAAACUGGUUUCUGUGUUCAGGAAGUAAAACUCACACAGUCACUGUGACUGAGAGCAGGAAUGGAGCAGAAUCAGCUGGAUCGAGAAACCGUCUCAUGUCCGAUCUGUCUGGAUCUACUGAAGAAUCCGGUGACCAUUCCCUGUGGACACAGCUACUGCAUGAGCUGUAUCGAAACCCACUGGGAUGAAGAGGAUCAGAGGAGGAUCCACAGCUGCCCUCAGUGCAGGGAGACGUUCAUACCGAGGCCUGCUGUGAAGAAAAACACCAUGUUUGCAGCUUUAGUAGAGCAAAUGAGGAAGACUGGACUCCAAGCUUCUCCUGCUGACCACUGCUAUGCUGGACCUGAAGAUGUGGCCUGUGAUUCCUGCACUGGAAGAAAACUGAAAGCCAUCAAGUCCUGUUUAGUCUGUCUGGCCUCUUUCUGUGAGAAACACCUUCAGCCUCAUUAUGAUUCAGCUGCAUUUCAGAAACACAAGCUGGUGGAGCCGUCCAACAACCUCCAGGAAAACUUCUGCUCUAAGCAUGAUAAGUUGCUGGAGAUCUUCUGCCGCACUGAUCAGAAGUGUAUCUGUUAUCUCUGCACUAUGGAUGAACAUAAAGGCCAUGAAACAGUGUCAGCUGCAGCAGAAAGGACUGAGAGGCAGAGAGAGCUGGAGGAGAGACGAGGAAACAUCCAGCAGAGAAUCCAGGACAGAGAGAAAGAUGUGAAGCUGCUUCAGCAGGAGGUGGAGGCCAUCAAUCGCUCUGCUGAUAAAACAGUGGAGGACAGUGAGAAGAUCUUCACUGAGCUGAUCCGUCUCCUCCAGAAAAGAAGCUCUGAGGUGAAGCAGCAGAUCAGAUCCCAGCAGGAAACUGAAGUGAGUCGAGUCAAAGACGUUCAGGAGAAGCUGGAGCAGGAGAUCAGUGAGCUGAAGAGGAAAGAUGCUGAGCUGGAGCAGCUCUCACACACAGAGGAUCACAACCAGUUUCUCCUCAACUACCCCUCACUGCCAGCACUCAGUGAGUCGACACACUCAUCCAGCAUCAACAUCCGUCCUCUGAGACACUUUGAGGACGUGACAGCAGCUGUGUCAGAGCUCAGAGAGAAACUACAGGACGUCCUGAGAGACUCAUGGACAAACAUCUCACUGAUGGUCGGUGAGGUGGAUGUUCUACUGUCAGAACCAGAACCAAAGAGCAGAGCUGGGUUCUUAAAGUAUUCAUGUGAAAUCACUCUGGAUCCAAACACAGCAAACACAAAGCUGGGCCUGUCAGAGGGGAACAGGAAGGUGACGAGAAUGAAUCAACCUCAGUCUUUUUCUAGUCACCCAGACAGAUUCACUAAUUAUUCUCAGGUUCUGAGCAGAGAGAGUCUGACUGGACGAUGUUACUGGGAGGUGAAGUGGAGAGGGUUUUGUGUUUCUAUAGCGGUCGCACACAAGGAUAUCAGCAGAGUGGGAGAUGGGAAUGAAUGUAGAUUUGGAUAUAAUGACAGAUCUUGGGCUUUAGUGCGUUUCCAAACAGAUUUUCAAUUUGUGCACAACAGAACCAGGACCUCCAUCUCAGGUCCAGUUUCCUCCAGAGUCGGAGUGUACCUGGACCACAGAGCAGGUCUUCUGUCCUUCUACAGCGUCUCUGAAACCAUGACUCUCCUCCACAGAGUCCAGACCACAUUCACUCAGCCGCUGCUGGCUGGAGUUUGGGUUGGAAUAGGAUCUGCAGAGUUCUGUAAACUCAAAUAGAUUUUCUCUCUUGAUUGUUGAUCACGGUUCAUUGCUCUGGUGUCUCUGCUCUGCUGUUCUUCUUUACAUUUUAUUUUUAAAAUGUAGUUUUGUGUUCGGGAGCCAUAAAGCAAAUCACUGCUGAUGUUUUCUUUCAUUCUUAUAUGACAGAAAUAUUUCUCCACAUGAAAAUCCGAAUUUCUAUUAACUCUAGUAGUGUUACGUUAUUUGUAUUGAUGUAUUUAGAUAUUCUGGUUUCUCUUUCAAUGUUCUGCAGAGCUGAUGUUCUUGAUGCAAACUGAAUUUGAUUCAGUUUUCUUUAUUGGAAUCCAAAGAACUCAACUCAACAACUCAAAAUUUAUGUACUUUCUUUCCAAUUUUCUUUUAGUUUUAAUUCAGAAAAAUUUAUGUUUUCUGUUCUGUCUCUGACUUUCUUCAAGAAAACAAUUUGAUUGCAGAAAAAUGUGGAACGUUUUCUCUUCAUUAUUACAAUAAAUUGUGAGUUUAGCCACCUAAAAUGUAGAAUAAUUUCCUUCAGUGUCUCGUGAUGCAGGAAAAAAAUCAGAUGUUUGGUUUCACCUUCAUGCACCAAGAACUCUCCGCUUCCACCACUGCUGCAGAGAGAUUACAGGCACUGAUCAGUUAACCUGUCAUUAAAAUAAAUAUCAAAUAAAUCGGCAAUUUUUAUCAUUAGAUAAUUGGUUCAUUUUUUAUUUUAAAGAUAUUAAAAGUCAGACUUUACAACGUCGGCGGCUCUCACAACUCUCCAUCCAUUCACCUUUGUUGCAACUGUAGGUGGUUUGGCACGUAACCCCACCUAUCCUCACGUCACUCCCACACUAAUCCACCAGGUGGCGCAUUUGGCAAAUCUCCCCAUUUGCCUUCAGUCUAGCUCAAUAUGAAUCCAGCAGUAAGUUUUUAAAGUUUGGCUGAGAACUGACCUGGUAAACAGGAGUUAUUGUCACUUCCUGUUUUGUGGUGAAUGAUUGGCAAGUACUUCCUGCAGGCUUUUGAACCCGUAUGUGAUUAUCAAGGGUUAGUGGAUACAGUUUCAAGGAGAAUAAUUAUGUUGUUCAAUAUCAUCAAACACAGGUUUAAACCUGUAUAAAGCAAAUAGUAAUAUGAA